GUUUAUUCUGCGAGAUCGACUCGUUAAGAAAAAGAGCGGUUAAAAAAAGUUCAAAAUGUGCUCUUUGGAACUGAAAAAACACGUGUUCGUUACCAUUUUUUGUGGAUUAAUGGUGCAGUAUGUUCUCAGUCAAAUCGAUGGCUACAUACCUGGAGAAGACUACCCCAUAUAUCACGAAAUUCCACAGGGUCUUUCAUUCAGGUGUGAUCAACGACUACCUGGAUAUUAUAGUGAUCCCGAAGCACAGUGCCAAGUGUGGCACUGGUGCUUACCAAAUGGGCAAAAAUUCAGCUUUCUAUGUCCAAACGGUACUGUGUUCAAUCAAUAUGCCAGAGUAUGUGACUGGUGGUUUAAUGUAGAUUGUGCAGCUACACCAAACUUAUACAGCAUCAACGAAGAUUUAUACAGGGUCACACCUUAUCAAGGAGAAAAGUAUCAAGAACCGCAAUAG